CCCCCGCCGCCCCCCUUCAGCCUGGACAAUCUGGACUGUGAAUGUCUUUUGGCUGGUGGAAACCAGACGUGGGAAAAGUGAGCUGUCUGCAUCUUUCCAGGGAGAGGCUUAUCUUGGUCAUCAAGCAUGAGGAUGUUUCGGCACAAAUUCUAACCCCAGCUUUGUCUGUGCUUUUGGAAUGUCGCUUGUCCCCGCGGAACUGACCUGUUGAAACAAGCCAGAGGCAGGGCCAAACCUUUCCCACACGCAUGCAGGAAGAUAGUAAAAUUUGGUGGUUGUGAAAGACCAGAAUUCACAAUUCAGCUGAUUCCAGAUAGUCAGUGGCUACCGAAUAUGGGCCAGUGGCAACUAAAUGUCUCCAGUCUGAGGCUCUAGUCAAACCCUUUCCAAGACUGAAAAUGGAAGAGACCAAACCUGUAGUGUCUACUCCUGGUGAGGGACUGGAAGGUUCCGGAAAGGACAGGAGCAGAGGAGAAGUUCUGAGGUGGGUGGUCUCGAAAGAAGUGAAACGGGAACCCCAAGAAUGGUUAGUCCAGCUCUGGGGAGUGAAGGAGGAGGCUCUGGGAACUGGCACAGAGGGCGAGCGUCAGUGUUUCAGGCAGUUCAGAUACCAGGAAGCUGAUGGCCCGCGAGACGUUUUCUGCCGCCUCUGGGACCUUGGCCACCAGUGGCUGAAGCCAGAGAGACGUACCAAGGAGCAGAUCCUGGAGCUGAUAGUUCUGGAGCAGUUCCUGACCAUCCUUCCUCAGGAAAUGCAGAGCUGGGUGAAGGAACACAUUUCCGAGAGCUGCUUGCAUGCCGUGGCCCUGGCGGAGGAUUUUCUGCUCAGGCAGCGAGAGGCCAAGAGCCAAGAAAAAGAGGUGCCAGAGCUGCUUGGAGAAGUGAAUGGGAGUGUCUUGAAAGCAAGCCAGGCUCCAUCAGGCACUGGACAAAAGCAACCCUUCAGUGAAGUCAAACGGGAAGAGAAUGCUCUUGUGUUCGGAAAAGAGGCAUGUGAGAAUAAGAACAAGCGGGGCCCUCUUGAAGAAUCUUUGGAACAAACAGAAUGUCAAGAGUUAUCUGGACGAACUGAAUAUCAAGAGUCAUCAGAACAAGCUACAUAUCAAGAGCUAGGAGAAAAUGAUGAGGACCCAGCGGGACCAAGGAGGCUGCAGGGAAACCAGAGAGAUGAGUGGAUGGAUGAAUCCACUGCUGGCGAAGAAAAUGACUUCCUUGAAAUUGCAGAUCCACAGAGAUCAUGCAGGGGAAAGUGCAGGAAGAUUUGCAACCUGUGUGGGAAAAGUUUCAGUUACAACUCCAGUCUGAAGAGACACUGGAGAACCCACACAGGGGAGAAACCUUACAAAUGCACAUACUGCGGGGAAAGGUUCAGCCAAAACCCCGUCCUUGUUCGACACCAGAGGACCCAUACGGGAGAGAAACCAUAUAAAUGUCCAGAGUGCGGGAAAAGGUUCUCUCAGCGUCAGCAUCUGAUCACGCAUCAGAUAAUCCACACUGGAGAGAAGCCAUACAAAUGCUUCACUUGUGGGAGAAGCUUCAAUCGUAGCCAGAAUCUUAUCCGGCACCAGAGAAUCCACACCAUCGAGCCAUUGUAUUAAUGCCCGGACUGCGCAGAAAGCUUUAGCAACAAGCCCAGCUUUUUUGCACACCUCAGAAUACACAUAGGACCGAAAUGCACAUGAGAAUACACAUAGGAAUGGAAUGAUAGUCACACGGGCUGACAUGAUGCGCAGUUCUUAGGAACAUGGAGUGACUUGUAGCACCACUGCUGCCGAGAUGGAAACAACAGCUCUCCCCCACCCCCACCCUAUCAGCUGGUCGGUAGGCGAAUCAAUCAGGAUAAAGUGAUUUGACCGGUUCUGGAUGGGGUUGCACUCCCUUCGAAAGAGCAAGUGCUCUUAGGAGUAAUGCUAGACCCGGCUCUGCUUUGGGAUACUCAGGUGGAGGUGGUGGCCAGAGGUGCUUUUGCACAGCUGUGGCAAGCUGUGCAAAAAUCCCCUUUUCAAGAAGUCAGAUCCAGCCACAGUUAAGAACAUAAAAACGGCCCUGCUGGAUCAGGCCCAAGGCCCAUCUAGUCCAGCAUCCUGUUUCACACAGUGGCCCACCAGAUGCCUCUGAGAAGCCCACAGGCAAGAGGUGAGGGCGUGCCCUCUCUCCUGCCAUUACUCCCCUGCAACUGGUAUUGAGGCAUCAUGCCCCUGAGGCUGGAGGUGACCCACAGCCACCAGAUUAGUAGCCAUUGAUAGACGUGUCCUCCAUGAAGCUGUCUAAGCCCCUUUUAAAGCCACCUAAGCUGGUAGCCAUCACCACAUCCCAUGGCAAAGAAUUCCAGUUACCCACACCCUCGUCUCGCCGCGGCCGGAUUAACCCAUGUGCUGACAGUUGAUACAAACCAAAUUCACAGUCAGAGUCAUGUUAAAAGAAGCAGGAAAGUAGGUUCCACUUUCCAGUACUAGAAAAUAGUUCUCCUUGGAACUACUUGUUUCCUGUUCAGAUCAACUGGGGAAUUUGUGAUGAAUUGCCUGUGGUUUUUCUUCUGUGCGUUUAUCUUUUUGCUCUUGUUUUUAACAACGUGCUUUUUAAUUAUUUUAUUUUAAAAAAACUUUUGCAUUGGUUAUGAUGUUAUUUUUUAACUUAUUGUAGAUCACCUUGUGAGGGACCUAUAUAGGGAUGUGCAAGGGCUGCUUCUGUACCUGCUGGGGGGGUGGGGAGCUGUUCCCUUCAAAAGCAGGAAAGGAGCUCCUUACCUGCUCAUCCCUGCCCUGCCGCUUUUCUGCUAGUGGCACCUACUCUCCAAAUGGCCGUGCAGGGCUCCAGUGCUGUUCCCUGCAGCCUCCAUGCGGCAUCGGCAAGCACAUGGCUGGCAUGCCUGUGUAUGACCAUGUGCGUCCUCACACUACAUGGAGGCUGCAGGGAACCGGGCUGCAGCCCCACACGGCUGUUUGGAGAGUGGGCGCUGCUGGUGGGGAAGCUCCUUACCUGUUUUGGAGAGAACUGCUCCCCUUCCCAUCGAGCCAGUCCAAAUGCCGGCGCCUGAGCCGGUUCGGUGCUUCUCAGAGGAGACGCCAAAUUGUGCACAUCCCUAGACCUAUGAGUGAAAAGUGGUUUAAAAAUCUCAAUCUCUGUGAAUAAAUAAAUCCUGGUUUCUUUCA